AUGUUAGAGAAUCAAAUAGCUCAACAGGCUAGCUCUUCAAAUAGCAAAGCUUUUGGGAAGCUUCCUAGCCAACCUGAGAAUCCAAGGGCAAAGGUGCAAUGUCAUACUUUAAGAAGUGGAAAGGUAAUGGGGGAAGAACACGAAAUUGAAGUAAAGUUGAAAGAAAAGAAAGAUGAGUGUGAGAGUGAAUCCACUUCAACUAAAGCUAAAGCUAGUAAGGAAGCAAAUGAAGAGAAAGAAGAUAAAAAGAAAAUAGAAGAGAAAUAUGUGCCUCCUGCACCGUACAAGCCACCAUUGCCCUUUCCUCAGAGGUUUCAUAAAGCACAAUUAGAUAAGCAGUUUGGGAAAUUCCUUGAAAAGAAAUUGGAAGAUUAUGAAACUGUUGCACUUACUGAGAAGUGCAGUGCUUUAUUGCAGAACAAGCUCCCACCUAAGCUGAAAGAUCCUGGAAGUUUUUCCAUACCAUGUCACAUUGGAGAAACAAGUAUUGAGAGAGCAUUAUGUGACUUGGGGGCUAGUUAUCCAGUUGGGAUUUUAGAGAAUGUACCAUUAAAAGUUGGGAAGUUUUUCAUUCCAGUGGAUUUUAUUGUACUAGAGAUGGAGGAGGAUGUAAGAACGCCCAUCAUACUUGGAAGGCCAUUUUUAGCCACUGCAGGAGCUAAUAUAGAUGUAAAGAAUGGGAAAUUGAAGUUGUGA